GUGUUAUGUCUGUAUUGAAUUUGUUCAUUUGAAGAUUUCAGGUAUUUGAUAAUGAGGUUACUUGUACAGCUGUUUUUGUGUUUUGUUGUGUUACAAGCUAAUGGUAGAUAUGUCACUAAAUGGAGGAAAAACAAGAAGACUGGCAAUGCAGUACAUUUUAUCACUUUUAACACUGGGCUGGCAACGUUUUUACAAUUUUAUGACCAAAGACGGAAUCAUAUCGUUGAUGCUAUUUUACAUGCGGAUCCAGAUAUCAUUUGUCUAAACGAGAUUUGGUAUGCAGAGGAUUUAGUUUUGGUUCAAAAAGCUCUACGAAGAAAAUUCCCAUACUCAUUUAGUAAAACCCACAACGACGAUACUGUCUUAUUGAACCAACAACAACUUAAAACGCAUCCAUGCAAUCCUGUAAAUUUUCAAAAAGUUUUGAAAUGUUUUUUGAGUCAUUGCAAUGCUUUAGUUUCACCAGACGAACACAUAGAAUGUUUAAUUCUAAGAUGCGAAGCUGCUCGUUCUUUGUCGAAUGAUUGUUUGGCAUGUGUGAUUGUAAGCGGUUUUGACCGGUCAGUGGAACAGUGCGUUCGUUCUUCUCCAGAGAAACAAAUAGGUGCAUUUAAUGGUCCUGGUCUUGCGUUAUUUAGUAAAUAUCCAAUGACACAAAGGAAAGCACAAAGCCUCAUACCUGGUAUUCAAAAGCCCUUUUCAAGAUGGUUGUUAUCCGCAAAGGUAAAAGGUAUUGGCAAAAUAGGUUGUACGCACCUUCCCACAGCAAUUACAAGCCGCUAUAUUGACCCUGUUUCACCGCCAUUGUUUUCAACAUAUGAAGAAGAAAACUUGAACAACACUUUAAGAAUACUUGAAUUCUUCAAAGCAGAAAACAAAUAUAUUUUGUUGGGAGAUUUAAAUCAGUCACCACGUGUUCAGGCAACAAAUAUAACGCCUGAAUUUGAAGAUAACUAUAAGCACUUUUUAUCGAGUGGUCUGUCGAAUCGCUAUGUUGAUGUCGUUGGAUUACCAACCUACGGAAUUGUCAAUUCUUUGUCCAGAAACCGGUCUGGAAAUUAUAUUUUGGAUCACAUCGUCCACAAAGGAUUUAAUGUCAAAUCAACAAGGAGAGUAUUUGACAGAUUUAUAGAUGUAGAUGGACAAAACAUACCGCUUUCUGACCAUUAUGGAGUUUCUGUAACAUUUCAGACCAAAAAUUGUGUUUGAAGUCGAUUUUCCGGAGAGAGUGACAAAUUUUUCCCAAUUGCAUCAUUUCAAAUUCAUUUUGAUUUUUUUUUCUUAACGUCCGACUGUUAAAACAUAAUGCGGAA